AUGGACAAGACACAGGGAAGCAAUUGCUCUUCACCAACCGACGCAUCAAGCGCCCAGUGGGUGCCCCUAUUCACCAAACCCCUCAAACUCAAGCCACUGUCCCUUGCAGACGCGAAAGGAGGCAACGAGCUACAUGUCCCCAAGACUCGCGCUCGUGUGGCCGAAAUGAAGGAGCCAGCCACGACUGAGCCCGCGGACCUCACCGCACAAGUGAGCCUCGGCCCCAAACCACUCAAGGGCAAGCGUUACACGCCCGAGUCUGAGCUCCUCUGGGCCAUCACGCGCCACGAGGAUAUCGAAACCAUUCGCCGCAUCGGGGCCGAGUGCGCGAAGCACAACCCCCUGGCUUUCAAGAAGCAGAUCAACCCGAGCCUGCCUUGCCCAUUCACUGCGUGUGUUGUGCACGACAAUCUGGCGGCCUUGAAAUACAUGAUCGAGGAAGUCGACUCCGCCAUCUUCGACCUCGACCGAGAUGUCUCCAGGGAGAUCCUCGCUGCGUCUAUGGACAAGGCCAUCGAGCAUCACCACGACGCCAUCAUCAAGUACCUCAUCGCGGACGUUGGCGUCGACCGAGACUGCACUCUGGCGCCCCCGACCAAGCUCGCGCAGCACGGGCUACCCGAGUCUCUCGAGUGGCGCCUCGAGCAUAUGAGCGCCUCGAAGGUGUCGAUGGAGAGAAUGGUCCGGCUCUGCAAGAUCUGCCUGGAACGUGCCGUCGCAGCCGACAGCACGAGCACCCCUAGCAACAUGGAGGUCGUCAUCGUGCUCCUCACCUUCGGCGGCCAUGCCCUGCGCGGCAGCGACGUUCUGCUGGACAUUCUGGCCAUCGCCCUGGCUAGCGCGCGCUUCCCCGAGGCCAACGCCAUCUUUACCGCCUGGAGAUGCCACGGCGGCCUCUCCUCACCACUCGACGAGGCGCGCAUCGUCAGCGCCUGGCGGUUCGCCAGCACUUUUCCCCAGUCAGCCUGGAUCUGCGAAUAUCUCGAGGAAAAGGUCCCGCACCUCGUCCCCGUCGAAUCUCCGAACAACGAUAACAACACCGGACCUCGCCUCCAGAAAGACGAGUACCCGCGACCGCCGGCGUACUACCCAGCUGACGCGGACUACUGCGAGGUCGACAGCGCCGAGCUUGCGCUCUACGGCGAGCACCUCGAGCAGGGCCGGCGCUCGGCCGAAGACGCCGAGGCGGAUGCUCAGAUGGCAGCCGCCGUCAAGGCGUACCAGGACUCAGAGGAGGACGGUUGGGUCACCGUCAACGUCGGAUCCGACAAUCGUCGACGGUGGCAGCCACGUGGGCCGGCGUUCAGCGCCGACGGCGACGUCCUCGAGGAACAGAUCGUUCCCCUGGUCUUGCAGGUGCCUCAGCCCAGUGCCUGGAUUGCAAUUGAUACGCGUGCGCAGGUCCAAUGCUCCUUCCCGGGCAGGUCUGGUCAAGUGAGGGCAGGCGCACUCGGUUCCACGUGCACUGAUUCGUUUGCGUUGCCUGAGGCAGCUAGCCUUGUGGUGCUCGGGCGGCGUCAAGUGCCACUUCCCAAGCAGGAGCCGUCCCGAACCGACGACACUCUUUCCCCAGUGACAAAGCAGACUGCCUGGGCUCUCUCGGUGUGCUUUGCAGGCCCUAUUGGCAGCCAAAACAUCAGUCUUCCAUCUCGUCUCCGGCAACCUGAUCCUGGUUUCGCACUGCCUCAAUCAACAUUUCUUGACCUCGGCCAUCGGCAUCUUGAUGCCGACACACAGCAGCCAGCCAAAACAGCAGGCAAGACAUCCACCAUGGCCUCUGGACAGGAUGCGACUACGGCUCUCUCAGUCGACGACAGCGAGCCUGAGCCCAGCACCACUGAACAACAACCCACAAGCUUCCCACAAUUCGCGCGACUUCCACCAGAAAUCCAGCUCCUGAUCUGGCAGAAAGCACUCGAGGAGCCAGCCUUCGUGGUCUGGUGUGACGAACACGAUCAUUGCGAGAAGCUGCUUAAGAGCGCUUCCCUGAGGCUGGCCAGGGCAACCUGUUCCCAUGAUCGCCGGCCACAUCCUCUGAUGCAUACCUGCCACGCGAGCAGGAGAGUCGCGCGCCCUAAUAUCUACCACCAUGUGCUGGAAGCCGCCAGCCCUACAGGGGCCCUGAUGCAGUUCCGCAUGCCCACCUCGACAAACAUCACCGCCGAUGUCUUCCUUCUGCCGUUCAAGCGGGACGAGUGGGCUGUCGAGCUCCCAAAGGGGAUCAAGCACGUAGGCUUCAUGUGCGCCGAGCACGCACCCCCGCACCUGUCACCAUUCACCGGAGCUGCAUUUGGAUCUGACGUGUCCCGGGACAACUUCCCAGAAAGCCUGGAAGGUCGUUCUACGUGGCUAGCUUACAAUAUAUUCCUGGUUCAGCAGUCAUACGUAUGGCUCCGGCGGCUUCUGCGCUGGAAAGAGUGCAAUGCCGAAUCUCUCAGCUCCUGUACCCUCAUCUUUCCUGAUUCAUACUGGUGGCAUGAUCAGCUUGAUGGGUACGGGCCUUUCCGAUACGUCACUCCAUACGUUGAUGCACAGCUGAUUAAACAAGAAUAUCGGCACAUUUGGCAAGCUACACAAUACUUCGUGGGUGGACCAUACAGCGCAGACAUGGUUCCCAGCAAUUCAAACGUGUUCAUUGCUUAUUGGAAGCUGGCAACCUGGGACAAGUCUGCCAGAACUCGACCACAGCCAAGGUACAUGCCUUUCACAUCGGACGGAUGGGUCGAGGCAAUCCAGAAAUAA